AUGAGGACCAGGGACAGCGGAGACUGUACUGUGAACACUAUGAAUGAUGACUCGUGCCUGAGUGCCAGCACACUGGGAAGUAGCAGUGUCACUACCCAGGUGGGGCUUAUAGAUCCCCUGUCCAGGAAAUUAUGCGUCGUGAGGAAGCAGCAGGAUAUGAAGAAGAGGGUGAUCUGGGGCAUUGAGGUCCCUGAGGAGCUGCACUGGAAAGGCUGGGAACUGGGGAAGGAGACCACAAGGACCCUGAUUCUGAAAAAUCUCUCCCUCAAAACCCAGAAGUUAAAGUACAGGUACCAGAAUGAGGGACCAGGGAGGGACCUAGCACCUGAGCCCUCAAACUCCCAAAUUGAUGGUCUCCUCUAUGACACUGACUGCCGAACUGUGUUUCUGAUCUACCAGUACAAUCCUGGGGUUAACUGGCAGAAUUUGCAGUAA